AUGGCGGAAAGUGACCUCAAGACCAACUCCUUGAAGAUUCGGUUUGCCGGCAACUGUCGAGAACCUACGGAACCGGAAAUCUUUGAUUUCAUGCGCGGGAAGAUGAAGCUGAAGGCGGACCAUCUGCUGUCCAUGUACAAGGACAAAUUGGACGCUUCUGUGAUCGUGAAGUUCAAAAACGAGGAAGAGUUCAAGGCCACUCUGGCCAGGUUGCCCGGAACCAUGGAGUUUGCGUACAACAAGUACGAGUCGACGCAGGUUCGCCUGUCACCGGCAAACGCGGUGGUGAAGUACGUGCGGCUGUUCAACCUGCCGCCGGAGGUGGACGAUCGUGAGAUCGGGACGGCGCUGUCCAAGUACGGCCGAAUCCAGCGGCUGAUUCGCGAAAAGUACGGCGAGGAAACGGGUUUCCCCAUCUGGACAUCCGUCCGAGGAGCGUACAUUGAGCUGAAGGAGGGUACGGAGAUUCCGGCGUCCCUUCAUGUGCGGAACAUACGAGCAAGAGUUUUUUACGAAGGUUUGGUCAACAAGUGCUUCCUUUGCGGUGCGACGGACCAUAUCAAGGCAGAGUGUCCCGAACGGAAAACGGUUAAUACCCGGUUGGAUGCUAGCCGCGGUUCCUACAGUGCCGCGGUUGCUGGUGGAGCUGCUCGGUGGUUCAAGCAGAAAAUGGCGGAACCGACCUUGAGCAAGGAACCAGAGGCAACGAUGACGAACCUCAACGCUCUGUUUCCUCAAACGGCUUUGAUGAAACCGCAGCAGAGUAUGGUGGAAGUGAAGGAAAAGGCGCCCCCCGCUGGACCGUCCAGCGGAAAGCAAAUCGCAGCAGCGAAGGAGACGGACGAUCUUUGGUCUCAAGCAGUCGCGGAUCAAUUGCAGCAGCCACAGCAGGAGAACAAGCAAGAUGGAGACGGCUGGCGCGUGGUGCCACCGAAGAAGGAGAAGAACAAGAAAAAUCCAAAGAAAGUGCGUUCAAGUUCGGCUGGUUCAUCGGGUGCAUCGGGUUCGGUCGAUCCGAAGUUUUUGCGUCCGCGAACUCCGCGUCCGACCGCUAUCAGUGAUGCGCAGCGGAACAGAGACAGAAGUCGAUCGGCACCGAAGAACGGCGACUCGAAGAAGCCGAAGAUCAUCGUGACGGCAGAGACGAACGAGGAAGCCAAGCAGCCGAGUAGUGGUGAGAUGGAUGUGGAUGGCGUCGACGAAAUGAAGGCUGAUUUAGUAUUAUUAUUUAAUGGAUAUCUUUCAGGUAAUAUGCGACCAUCAAAAACUUUUACAGAUGGAAUUAUUACGUUAAUACCUAAAAAAGGUGCAAAUAAUGUGCAUUUGGAUGAUUACCGUCCGAUUAGUUUGUUAAAUUGCGAUUAUAAAUUAUUUAUGAAAAUUAUUGCUGAACGUUUGAAGUUUUACAUGGGUAAAUUGCUAGGUUUUGGUCAAACAGCAUGUUUGCCAAAUUCUUCUUGUAUAGACAAUUUAAAGGACAUUCGCAGAAUUCUCACUCGAGCAUGUGAGUCUAAGCGUUUUAAGGGUUGUUUAGUAAGCGUGGAUUUGAAUAAGGCUUUUGAUAGAGUUAAUCACUUCUAUCUAUGGAAAGUCCUGGAGAAGUUUGGGUUUCCUACUCAACUGAUAGAUUGUUUGAAAAACUUGUACGCUAAUGCAGCCUCUCGAGUUUUGGUUAAUGGAUUUUUAACUCCUGAAAUUAAUAUUAGCAGCUCAGUACGACAGGGUUGUCCUUUAAGCAUGAUCCUUUUUGUACUUUACAUAGAACCUCUGCUUAGAAAAAUUUCAGUUACUAUUCCUCCCGUUUUAGUAUAUGGGAAAUUCAUAAAUGUUUUAGCUUUUGCCGAUGAUAUAGUAGUUUUUGUUAAGAAUGAUUAUGAAUUUGAUAAUUUUAUAAAAGUAAUUGAUACAUUUUCGAAGUAUGCAUCUAUUAAAUUAAAUUUUGCUAAAUCAGUAUUUCUUAGGUUGAACAAUGCUAAAGUUGGUCCACAGAAAUUCAAAGAGACUGAAGCUUUGAAAGUUCUUGGGGUUAUAUUUGAGAAAAGUUGGUCAAGUACUGUGAAUAAUAAUUAUAAACGACUUGUCACUAAUAUCAAUUUAUCUAUGCUUCAGCAUAAUGUAAGGAAAAUUAACAUAAUCGAAAGAUGUAUUGUUUUGAACACCUAUAUUUUAUCGAAAUUAUGGUACGUUGCACAAUUGUUUCCACCUGCAAAUUCCCAUCUAGCUCAAAUAAAAUCGGCGUGCGGCAAGUUUAUUUGGAAAGGAUACAUUUUUAAAUUAGAUAGAAAACAACUUUAUUUAGAUUUUUUCAAGGGAGGUCUUAGGCUUGUUGAUCCAGAAGCAAAAUCUAAGGCAUUAUUUCUGAAAAACAUUUUUUAUAAUUUAAAUGCACAUGGAACACAACUGGAUGAAAGUUAUUUGAUAGAUUUAGAUUCACCGCAGAAACUUACACGUAAUGCAAGGGAAUGGUUGAAUGAAGGGAAGGCAGUUGUUGCCAAUCACAAUUUAAAUACUGUAAAAUUGAUGUAUAAUUAUUUUGUUUCACUUAAUAGUGAAUCACCAGCUAUUGAAGGGAAAUUGAGUUUAAAUUGGACUUUAAUUUGGAAAAAUUGUAGUGAAAGCUUCCUCGAAAUGAAAGAUCGUGCAAAAAUGUUUGGUUUCGUAAAUGAUUUGUUACCUAACAAAGAAAAAUUAUUAAGUUACAAUAUUGGAAAUUUGACGUCAGCUGUCUGCGACAAAUGUGGUGGAAUUGAUUCUAAUUCACACAGAAUAAAAGAGUGCCCAAGAGCAAAAGAAGUGUGGGAAUGGAGUAGUCGUAUUGUCCAAAAUCGAUAUAAAAUGAAUGUAGUUGAUUUAGAGGAUAUUCUUCAAUUAGAUCUCGAUGAGAAAAGCGAAUCAGAAAAGGCAGCUUUAUGGCUUGCAGUAAAAACAAUCAGUUACAAUUUGAGAGUAUCAGAACCGUCAUUAUUUGUUUUGAAAAAGGAAAUAAGAGAGCAUAGAUGGAAUGAGCGAAAAAACAUAAGGAUUAUUUUUGGAAAUAUAGUUUGAACAUUUGUU